AUGGGCAAAGCUAUGGCAAAUACGACCGCUCUGAGAGUAGCCCAAGCGUUUGAAGAAUGCGUGUACCGGAGGUUCGGUGUACCUUCUCUCAUCAGACAUGACAGGGACCCUCGAUUCAUGAGCGACGUGUUCCAGUCGUUCACCGAAAUGAUGCAAUCGCGGUCUAGGGCAACGCUGGGUUAUCGGCCAGGCCAAUGGCCAGCAAGAGCGCUCGGUAAAAACCGUCAUGCAAUCGAUCCACUGCAACAAGACUGGGAUGCGAUUGCCAAGAAGUUGAUCUUUGCGAUCAACAACUCGAUGGACACAACGAGGAAAGAGACACCCUUUUUCCUCGUCCAUGGGUGGGACGCUCAGUCCACACUUAAGGCGAUGUCCUCGUCGCUCAAACGAUGA